AUACUCUGCCUAAACCAACAAAUUCAUCAACAUUCUUAUUCCCUCCAAAAACCACCUAUUCUUUUGCUCUUUGCAUGCUUGUUUUUAACCCCAGAAAUAUAGCCAUUUGUCUCGGCGUCAUCAAUUAAUCUUCCCAUUUUGGAGUCCAAACUCAAGUGUUCCAUUUUAAAUUUUGUCACGCCAGGGAUUUCUGUUGAAGGUUAAAGUUGGGUAAUUCAUCUUCAUCAACAAACAGGGAGAAGAAGGCGGCACCAAAUACAUUUUCUGUCCGUUUUAUCUCAAAGCAAGGAUGGGUUUCUGGACACUGUUCGAAGUGGCUUUAAUGCCAAUUUUGCAAGUCUUGAUAAUAAGUAUGUUGGGAGCUUUCCUGGCUACUGACUACUGCAAGCUUCUCUCGACAGACACCCGAAGAUCAAUGAACAAGCUUGUGUUUGUCGUGUUUACCCCGUCACUCAUGUUUGCAAGUCUAGCUAAGACUGUCACACUUCAAGAAAUCAUCUCAUGGUGGUUUAUGCCUGUUAAUAUCGGGCUUACAUUUCUGUUUGGCGUCAUUCUUGGAUGGUUACUAGUUAAGAUACUGAGACCACUGCCUCACUUGGAAGGCAUUAUCAUUGCUACAUGUUCAUCAGGGAACUUGGGAAAUCUUCUCCUUAUAAUUGUUCCUGCAAUUUGUAACGAGAAUGGGAGUCCAUUUGGGGAUCGUAAUACUUGUGGCCUGGUUGGAGUCUCAUAUGCAUCUUUCUCCAUGGCGCUUGGUGGUUUCUACAUAUGGACCAUCACUUACCAACUAGUACGAACUUCAUCUUUGAAGCUGAAAGCACUUGAAGCAGCUGAGACAAUUUCAAAAAAGCCUAACAAGGAUUUAGAUUCCAAUGCAGAAACUCACCUUCUCAAGGGAGAAGAGGAUCAAAAAAAUGUUGCUAUAAAUGUGUCUUCAACAAAGUGUAUAGAAGAUCUAGAAGAGCAAGCUAUUUUAUCCCAAGAAUCCACUAGCAAAAGUGAAAAUGGAAAUGUCUCAAGGUGGAGUAAAGUAAUAGAGAUACUUCACCAGAUUAUAGAAGAGCUAAUGGCACCUCCAACGCUUGCUGGAAUUAUAGGUUUUAUCGUUGGUGCGAUACCAUGGCUGAAAAACCUCAUAAUUGGUAAUGGUGCUCCAUUGCGGGUGAUCCAAGACUCCAUUAAGCUACUAGGAGACGGUACCAUUCCUUGCAUAACUCUCAUACUGGGAGGCAACCUGGUUCAAGGUAUACGAUCAUCGACAGUCAAACCUCUGGUCAUCAUUGGAGUGGUCUGCAUUAGAUAUGUUAUACUUCCUGUUAUUGGUAUUUGGGUGAUCAAAGCAGCUGGCAAUCUAGGAUUCUUACCUUCAGAUCCUUUGUACCGUUAUGUGCUCAUGAUUCAGUUUACCUUGCCUCCUGCCAUGAAUAUUGGAACCAUGGCCCAGUUGUUUGAUGUUGGUCAAGAAGAAUCUUCAGUCCUCUUCUUUUGGACAUACCUGGUUGCAGCUCUAGCACUUACUGGUUGGUCAACAGUCUUCAUGUGGAUUUUAUCAUGAAGAACCCUCAGCCUGAAAGAAGGCAACCAAGGUUGCUAUCAUACCUUAAAAGCCGAUACCAGUGCCAUCUUUAUUGUAGAGAGAUUCAGCUUCAAGAAACAACAUUACAAACAACCAACCACACAGUUGUGAUUCUUUAAUUUUCCUUUAUAUGCAAGUCUUUUUAUUUUUUUAUUUUUUUUAUUUUUUUGGGGGAUUACAAUUUGGGUGUUGUCAAGUUGCAAGGCGCAACAUUGUACGCUGGGAUGAUAAAAAUCAAAGUGUUGAAAAGAGAGUGAGUGAGGAGUAGUCAUAUGUAGCCUAUAGCUGCAUUUUAAUGUAAUGAUAUGAAGAUGUGAGCCCUGGCAUUCAGAUUUUGUCGAUUUUUUGCUCCCAUGAGUAGCGGGUAAGUACAUGUACGAGGCAAGCAUUUAUUCAUACCGAACCCAUCCUUGUACUUAAUUUAAAAAUUGAUGCAGACCCCAUGUGGUCCAAGUGGCCACGCUGCACUUGACAG